CUUUUACAGCAAUUUGUCCAAUACACAAUUCAUUUGAAGCAUGUCGAAAAGCAACAACAUCGAAUGUAAAAUGUAUUUGGUGUGAGAAAUGGAACACGUGCAUCGACAGUCAUCAUCAGGAUAAUCAUUUCUUUAAAGUGAAUGAUUGCCAUUUUAAGAGCCCGGAUGUUAACGAUGUGAGUACAUCGACACCCGUCAAUCAAAACGGAACAACAUUUGGGAUCCCUGAAGUUCAGGUUGGAGGAAACGUCAAGCAAACUACCAAUGGAAAUGAACAAUACUCGAGCCCGGAUGUUAACGAUGUGAGUACAUCGACACCCGUCAAUCAAAACGGAACAACAUUUGGGAUCCCUGAAGUUCAGGUUGGAGGAAACGUCACGGAAAUUACCAAUGGAAAUGAUCAAUACUCG